CAGCUCACCUCCAGUCCAGCAGCGCACGCCGUCCUGAGCAGAAAGACCUCCGAUCCGGCCAGCCACGCUCCAGCCCACCCCACAGAAGUCCCACCGUUGUGCUGCCCCGGACGCUCACCCACAGAACUGCUGAGAUGGCGAUGAAUGACAUCCUGAAAGCUGAUGACAUUAAGAAGGCCCUUGAGGCUUUCAAAGCUGUGGACACUUUUGACCACAAGAAGUUCUUUGAAAUGGUUGGUCUGAAGGCCAAGUCUGCUGAUGAUGUGAAGAAGGCCUUUGUGGCACUGGACCGUGACAACAGUGGCUUCAUUGAGGAGGAGGAGCUGAAAUUUGUACUGAAAGGGUUUGCCACGGACGGCAGAGACUUGACCGAUAAAGAAACCAAAGCCUUCCUGAAAGCGGCCGACAAGGAUGGAGAUGGGAAGAUUGGCAUGGACGAGUUUAUCGCUUUGGUGCUCGAGUAACAGACACACCUUGUCCAACUAGUGCUCGGCACCCAUUUGUCCUGACUCGCUCCUCUGGCCACAGUCACCACCCCUGACAUACGCCUGUUCGCAACUCGCCAAACCAGUUCUCAGCUCUCUCCAAUUAGACGUACUUAACUAGAAGGCAGUGAGUGACGCUCCCUACCCUCACUCCCAUUCUGAAGGUCCAUCCUACUUUUUUAUACAAAUGCAGUACGGUACAGUGCAGUACAAGGGCCUGUGUAUUUCUAAAUAUGAAAUAAACUCUCAUGUUAAUAUCCUGUAGAUAUAUAAAUAUGUCAGCCCAAACCCUCUUCCCUCAUUAUCUUAUUGCUGCCAAUACUCAUCUCCACCCAGUUUCCAUUCUCUUCCCAUCUCAUGUAAUUCCCUCUCCUGGUAUCGAGCUGUUAUGAAAUAUGCUGAAAGGAUAAGACAUCAAGCU